UGCAAUAGCAUAAUGCAACAUCAGUGACAGAGAGUGAUUAGGCCGGGGAUGAUUUUGGUGAGUGUAAAUGUGAAAUCUGAUUAUCCUCCAUGCUCUCAGCUCUGCAGAGGGAGGAGGGCUGGAACUAGAGAGAGUGAGGCUGGAGGAGAGAUUCAGAGGGAAGGAGGGGUUAAGUUACCAAUGUGCUGAGCCAAUGGCUUUUCCACAGAGCAGCUGGCUGGCAUCAGGGCAGGACAGGCCGCUCAGAGGAAGGAUACCUUGAGGACGACUCACACCCGCUAACUGUAGGACAUUAAAGGUGACUUCUAGGAGGUGUUCAUGGGAUGCACUAUCUACGCAGCCAGCCCUAAGGCCCUGCCAGCCGACGAGGCCCCAGGCCAGGACAGAUACUAUCCGGUCCCCCACUACCGCCACCCUCAUGGUAACUGCAGUCAGAGGAUAGCAGCCAGCAGAGCCAGGGCCAGGAGCAUGACUGAGCAGCAGGAGCAGAGUGAAGAAAUAGGCCUGCUUUCAACGCAGGACCUGGACCCCUCCAAGGACGACGACACACACGGCCACUUCAGGUUUCAGCUGAUUGAAGACCUGUCCUAUGAAGAUUUGAAGAAGUGUUACAGGGGCUCGUGUGUGUCUUGCAGCAGCUUGCUCCAGGCCUUGGAUGUUCGCGAGUGUGUGUGUGAGUAUGGUGCCAACGUGCUGAGCCUGGUGCAGAACUCGCGUCCUUUGAGGGAGAGGGUGGCGUCUGCGCCGAGCGGAGCCGGAGUGGCCGGUGGCGGCGGUGGUUCCGGUGCUGUGCAGGCAGGCCGGUCCGCCAAGGAGCUGCUCAUGACUCUGCCCUGUCCCUCUGCACAGACUGUCAGCAAGUACAACUCGCAGUACCACAAACUGUUCCAGUGCGUGCCCAAGGAUGAGAUCCUCAUGAAAGUGUACUCCUGCGCUCUUCUUAGAGAUAUCCUCCUACAAGGCCGGCUAUACAUUUCCAGAAACUGGCUGUGUUUCUAUGCCAACCUCUUCGGCAAGGACAUCAAGGUGGCCAUCCCUGUCGUUUCUGUGAGGCUGGUGAAGAAGCACAAAACAGCAGGCCUCGUACCCAAUGGCUUGGCUAUCACCACAGACACCGGCCAGAAGUAUGUAUUUGUGUCUCUGCUAUCAAGAGACAGUGUAUAUGACGUCCUCCGCAGGAUCUGCACACACCUGCAGGUCAAUGGGAAGAGUCUGAGCUUGAAGCAGUUCAUGGAGGAGCCAACCUUAUCCCUGGAUGACUUCCCAGCACCAGACGUGUUCCCAGUGGUUGAUGAAUUCCCAUCAGUGUUAAAGUGGAGAAGGAAACCCUCGGUCGUGUCUGUGUCCUCCUCCCUCCCCGACCUCCUGGGGAACUCAACCAGCAGCCUGAGUGCCACGGACACACCCUUCAAAUCAGAGCAGCAACUCGAAGAGCGAGCUCUGCAGACAGACAGAGGUCUUUUAUCUGAGCCAGUGGCAGAGUUGGGCCAGAUGGAGUACCAGCUGCUCAAGUUCUUCACCCUGCUUAUUAUUCUCCUCAUCUUGUCAUCGUGCUACUUGGCCUUCCGUGUGUGCAGUCUGGAGCAGCAGCUGUCUUUCCUUGGUAACCCAAAUCUACCCCUGAGAGAAAGAUAACCAACCGCUGUCUGCUGUGAGCCUCCAGACUGGCUGCUGUUUGCUCUCCUCCCGCCUCAGAGUCGACGAUGCCCUUCUGCACAGAUCCAGGACCUGCUUAGAGCCCAGAACAGACCAACCUCCGCACCAGCUGCACCGUGCAAAGGUGCAACAACAACCCAACUCCGGGCUCCUUAUGGACUUUCCCACCGGGGAACGAGUUCCCAAUCAGUGAUCACUUCCAGACUAUGCAAACAGACUGUCUAUUUUUUUCUAAAUAUAAAGUAGCUUUUUACUUUAGAUUAUGAUUGUCUCCCAGGAUCUGUCCCUCUCUCCGACAUUUCAUCUUUAACCUGGUGAUGCCUCAGUUUAAGGCGAUCCUGAAAUAGUGAGUAGAUUACUGUUGAAUCUGCUGUUUGUGGCACUCAUCUUUUUUUUUUAGUAGCUGAGCGAUAAUUCAACACAUUAAUUACUUGAAAAAAGACUGAGAAUGAAGACGUCAGGCACGUUAUGGGUGUAGCUUGCACAUCUCACCAUACUGUGACUGACAAAAACUGGACUGAACCAGAUGUAUUCUUCUUAUUUAACCUCAUUUUAAAGGAUAAAACUAGUUACCACUAUGCACUUUCUCUUAGUACAGGUCCACAUGAUUUCAGACGUAUGUGACUAUUUGAAUCAUUUUUCAUGAUAUUUAUGAAAAAAGGUAAUGUUGCAAGCACAGACUGUUGACUGAAUGAAGUUAUACGUCAUAUAAUUUGAUAAAGUGGACACAUCCCUUGUGGGUGUUAACUGUAAUGUGAAUGGGACGAUUAGAUGACAUGCAUCUCCUUUGUUUUUCAUUGUAUCACUAGUCAGCUGUGUGGCAGGUGUUCCCCAGGUUCUUUUAUACGUUUCAAAUGAAGAGUUAAGACUUAAAAUAACACUGAUGUGUCAUAUUGUUGGCUGAUGAUGAGUUUUCAGACAUGUGACAUGUAGCCCUCAAGUCCUAUUUUGUGAAAUCCCUGUGAAUUAAAUUGGAAAACAGUGUAAAUAAGCAAAAGAGAGAGAAAAAGUCUGUGGCUUUUACUUGUUUUCCCGUCAAUUUGGGUGCCAA